UCUCAAAAGCUGCUUCCAGUGCCUGCUGGGAUUCCAUUCUGGUUUUGUUCUUCCCCUGCUGGAACUUGCUGCUCCAAAGACAAGGGGGAAGCUGGACUCAGCUAAUUACUCUGGAGGAUUAAUUACAUUGCCACGGUCUCCAUGUGAUACUGGAUUGAUUUUUAAUUUUUUUUUUUUUUAAGCAAACUGAACAGGGUUUUUUCCUCCCCCCUUUCACCUUUUCCUGCACACACGCACAGGGGAGAUGCUGCAAACAGUCUGCAUGAGCCCCGAGCUGCUUGUCAGCCAAAGCAUGGGCGAGAGUGAAAUCUGUGGCUACAGCCCAGGCCAGGGAUCUCCCCUGCCUGCAGAGACUGCCAGCCCCAAGAGCUGCUUCCAGCAGAGCCCUUCUCUGCCAGACUCUGGAUUAACCGAGCUGAACGUGGCGAGUCCCAAGAUCUACCACCCUCCUCCUCCUCCCUGCAACCCUCCAGGGAUGCCUGCUGCUGCUGACUCUGAACUUAGCUCUGAUCCCCCUCAGAAGCGCUACAUGGGCGUGAGAGUGAAGAUGCCAGUGCGGGAAUUGCUGAGGAAAAUCCGACUUUCCAAAGGCUUGGACCCAGCUCCAGGCAAGGAAGCCUCGUCAGUGAAGAUGGCAGCCAAAGGAUCCUCAGGAAAAACAGCAGAGAAGAGGAGAUCUCACCCUUAUACAGAGAAACAGCUUAGACAGAGCAAGCAGAGCGCUGGGCAAAGCCCCAGAGGCUUGGAGGACCUCGACAUCCUGGUGGAGGUGCUGCAGGAGGAUCUGAACCAGAGCCAGCUCGGGGAGGAGCCCCGGCAGCCCGGGCCAGACGGGUUUGGGCAGGGAUUCUCCCGGGAGCUGCAGAGCUGCCGCUGGCAGAGCAAGGAGGCAGCUGGGGACCUGCAGGGCCCAGCAGAGCCUCAGCCCCAGCCCUGGGGGAGACAUUUCCACCCCAUCCCGCGGGCACAGGCAGAGCCUCCCUUCCACGGCCGGCAGGAGAGCAUCCAGAGCUCCGGAAUGUUCUCCAGCACGGGCGAGGGAGGGAGCAGCUGGUGGGUGCAGGAUGGUCCCUUGAGCUCCCAGGAAGGCUCCUCGAGGAAUUCUGCACCACAGGAAGGUUUUCCGAGGAAUUCUCCAUCCCAGGGAUGUUUCCUGAGGAAUUCUCCAUCCCACAAAGGUUUGCUGAGGAACUCUCCAUCCCAGGAAUGUCCCCUGAGGAAUUCUCCAUCCCAGGAAUGUCUCCUGAGGAAUUCUGCACCCCAGGAAUGUUUCUUGAGGAAUUCUGCACCCCAGGAAUGCCUCCUGAGGAAUUCUGCACUCCAGGAAGGUUUCUUGAGGAACUCUCCAUCCAAGGAAUGUUUCUUGAGGAAUUCUGCACCCCAGGAAUGCCUCCUGAGGAAUUCUGCACCACAGGAAGAUCCCCUGAGGAAUUCUGCACCCCACAAAGAUUUCCCGAGGAACUCUCCAUCCCAGGAAUGUCUCCUGAGGAAUUCUCCAUCCCAGGAAUGUCCCCUGAGGAAUUCUCCAUCCCAGGAAUGUCUCCUGAGGAACUCUCCAUCCCAGGAAUGUCCCCUGAGGAAUUCUCCAUCCCAGGACACACCUGCACUCCCCAGGCUGGCAGAGAUGCUGCCGGGAGCUCCCAGGGGCUCUCCAGAUGUGGGGGGACACUCGAGGCUGACCCCAAACUCCUUCCCCAGGCAGGACCUCUCUGCCCUCUCCUUCUUCCAGUUCCAGCUGCGCAGGGAGGAAAAUCUGCUGAGGAACAUCCCAGAGGAAAAGCUGCUGGCUCCUGAUGAAAAUGGCAACAGGCUGCUGCACAAGGCUGUUGCCCAGGGAAGGAGGGCUCUGACUUUUGCCCUGGCCCAGAGGUUUGCAUCCCUCAACAAGAUCGACGAGAAGGAUGCAGAGAAAAGGACUGCUUUACAUCUUGCUGCAGAAAAGAACCAGCACCUGAUGGUGAGUGACCUGAUCUCCCUGGGAGCCAACGUCAACCAGCAGGACAGCUCUGGGAAAACUGCCCUGCACCUGAGUGCAGAGCACGGCUACCUGAGGGUUCUGCAGGUCCUGAAAAGCUGCAAGAGCCACGGGCUGUGUGUGGAGGUGGAUCUGCCUGACCACCACGGUCUGACCCCCCUGCACUGUGCUGCCCUUGCCCACACCGUGCUGGUGGCAGAAUCCCAGAGCUCUGCCAGGGACAGCAGCACCGGGAGGCUCCUGAGGCUGCGCAGAGCCCAGAUCCUGGAGGGAAUCCUGUGCCUGCUCCAGAUGGGAGCAAAGCCCCAGCUGCAGGUUCUGAACUCGUGUGGAGCCUCCACCCCCUGCCUGAAGCUGGAGGAGAACACAGAGCUCAUGAGUUUGCUGCAGACUCAUCAACCCCAGGCACAGGAUGUUCCUCAGGAGGUAACUGGGGCUGCUUCACACAGGCAGGAGAGCUGCAGCCUGCUGGAUGCUCCCAGAGGAAUCCCCACUGCCCCAGCUGCAGAUCUCCUACCUGGCCUCUGCUCCUUGCCAGCCUCAGACCUCCUCGAUGUCCUCCUCCAAGGGAAAUGCUGAGAGCUCUCAUCCCCUGCACCUGCUGCAGAGCACACACACCAAAACUCAGAAUAUUUUACAUCGUGGCCUGGACUGACUGCUGGGAAGAUCCCACCUGGAGCCAGAGUUAAGGAGCAAAUGA